UCAGGAAUGAACAGUAGAAACUGCAACUCGAUUCCAAGCCCAGUGACGAAUAGAUGAGGGGGUUUACACUUCUGGCCCUGACCAUGCGUGUGAAAGUGUUCCCUAGUGUAGAGUGAACACGAAACAGUUCUGAAGAUGAACACGGGAAGAAGACAGCUGUUGUAGUCAAAAAAGAGCAGACAUGCGACGGUGAUUUUGAAAACAGGCUUAUACAUCGUGUUACAUCGAUAGCACUACGUGCUUUGUUAUUUAGUAGACUUCGAUAGAUUAGCUGUGUUAUUGAACACUGUUGAACAUGCAAGCGAUGGAUCCAAUAACCAAGUGGACACCAAAGCAAGUUGUCGACUGGAUGAAAGGUCUGGACGACAGCCUGCAGCAGUAUGUUCCUAACUUUGAGAAGGAGAAGAUCAGUGGUGAGCAGCUGCUCAAGAUCUCCCACCAGGACCUGGAGGAGCUGGGCGUGGCCCGCAUCGGGCACCAGGAGCUGGUGCUGGAGGCUGUGGACCUGCUGUGUGCCCUGAACUAUGGCGUGGAGAGUGACAACCUGAAGGCACUGGUGGUGAGGAUGAGAGCCGCCACCAAUGGUCUGCACAUGUCCACCUCGGAGCGCCGCAAGAGCCCCUCUUAUGACGGCAGCACCUCGCGCAAGCCUCCCAACAACUUUCUCACCUCUGUGGUGGAGCUCAUUGGAGCCGCAAAGAGCCUGCUGGCCUGGCUGGACAGGACACCCCUGACAGGGAUCAGUGACUUCACUGCCACCAAGAACAAGAUCAUUCAGCUUUGCCUGGAUCUCACCACCACAGUUCAACAGGACUGCACCGUUUAUGACAUGGAGGAGAAGAUUCUGGAAGUUUCCAAGGUCUUGAACAGCAUCUGUGACCAGACUGUGAGGACAACCUCUGACCCUCUGAUGAGCCAAUCAGCGUGUCUGGAUGAAGUCCAGCUCUCUAACAUUAAACCUGGGGAGGGACUGGGUAUGUACAUCAAGUCUACAUAUGAUGGUCUACACGUCAUCACAGGGACAACAGAACAUUCUCCAGCUGAUAUGACGCGGAAGAUCCACGCCGGUGACGAGGUGAUCCAGGUCAAUCAGCAAACAGUGGUGGGCUGGCAGCUGAAGAACCUGGUGUGUAAACUGAGGGAGGACCCUAAAGGUGUGGUGCUGCUCCUGAAGAAGAGACCCACAGGCACCACAGGCUUCACCCCGGCCCCGCUCAAAAACAUGCGCUGGAAGCCCCCCGUAGCACAGAAUACCUCGUCCCUGACCAAAACACAGUCUCCCGCCAGCUCGGCUAACGGUUCAACCAAGAAGGAGAAGCCCGCCAUCUUGGACCUGUACAUCCCUCCUCCUCCCUCAGUGCCCUACACCCCACGAGAGGGGAGGACCACUUCAUACAUCAGCAUCAGUAAGAAACCAAAGGGUUCAGAGUCACCCAACUCCUUCCUGGACCUGGAGGGUCGCAGGCGCUUCACCGUCAGAGACCACGACAAGCUGGCUGUGGUUUACCCUAUCGAGGCCAACGUGGUACAACCCAGGAUGAGGGAGCACAACCAAUCUCGUGGGAAGCAACGUCCUCUCUCUAUGCCCGUGGACACCUGCCUCGGAGUGGGGGAUCCCUAUGCCAGGCCCUUUGCACAAGGACGGAAAGGUGAAGACCUCCUGUACAGAUACCUGAGCAACGAGCGAAUCCCAACCAUCGCCGAGGAGGUAUCGUCAGCAGCGCACCCCUACAGGCCAGCCGGGGAACGACAGCUGGUCAGGGGUGUGGACCACAUCCGGGGCAGCCUCUACCUGGCCAACGCAGACCUGCACAACAGCGCCACCAUCCCCUACCAGGACACCCCCGGCAAAAAGACCCCAGUAGCCUCUGCUACCAAACGCCCGCCAGCCGAGCCCUCGCUACUGGUCAGUUGGAUCACGCGGCUUAAGCUAUUGACUCACUGAUGAUGCGCUUCCUGCCCUUGGGCUUCCUGUAUCCUGUCUCAUGUCUUCCUCCGUGCCUAUUUUUACUGUUGGCUGUUUUGCAGUGGGCUCACACUUCUCUCUCACACCUCACCCCCCACCCCCCACCCACCUACCUACCUGUUGUUACAACUACCACACCUCCUCAACCAAACCUGCUUCAUUAGAACUCACUGUGUUACAUUGACCCUUAACCUUGCCCUCAGUCUCCCUAAGGUGCCAAUCCCACCUCAAACCUGCCCCGUCAAUCAGGAAUGUUUCACAGAAACUAAGGAAGGACUUUUCAGUUUGUAGGGAGCUUUUGUUAUGUGUGUUUUGGAGGUAGUUUUACCAAAAGGAAUUGUAUUUUUAUGAACAGACAGGAGGAAUGAUUCAGGUUUAGGGCCGGAAGGCCUUGUACGGUUUAUUUUGUACAUUUUUUAUACCUUCGUGUCACUGUUGAGGUUCUCUCUGCUCCUUGUUUUUUGAGUUUCACUAGCCAGUGUUUUUUUUCCUUUUUUAGAUAAAUAUAAUAUUGCUCUGUUUCAAGUGCUGUGCUACAUUUGCUUCAAAUAGAUUAUCAUGAAAGAGGAAAAAAACACCUUAAGUUUUAUUCAACCAUUAUUUGAUUGUAGCUGUUGAUUUCUUAUGUAACGCCCUUUGUACUAGUCAGUUGAAUGCACACUGCCAAAGGUUGCCUCUUUAACUAUGCAUUAUACUAUUGUGGACUGUCACUGGGACAGGUUGAUGCUGCACUGCCAGGUAUAGAAGGGAGGUGACAUGGUUUGUCCCCAAUACUUUGGGUACACAGCAAAUCUAUGCACUCUGCUUUCCCUGCUUCUUUCUACUGCCUCGUUUGUCAAGCUUGCAGACAGGCUGCUCUGUGAUCAGAACACGCGCACACAGAGCAGUUUGACACUAAUUAGCCCUUUGAACCAUGGAUGUGUCAGAGCUCUCUUUAGAGUUACUGGCUAGGUCGCUUCUCCGUUAGCUACAUGGUUAGCGUAGGAUGCUAUAUUUAGCAUCUGUCUGGUGUUACAGCUCAAGAGUUAGACUGACAGUAUUAUACAAAAACACAUGUCAAGAGAAAUGUCAAUAGAAAUACAGUUGUACCUUUAUAUGCCUUUUGUAAUUUGAAUAGUAUUUUAUUAAAGGUACAGUUGAAUCCAG